GGUGCCGUCUUUUCGCCGCACAAUGGCUUGCUCGCGGACCUGUGCCCGCUUCCUAGGGCUGAGCCUCGGGACUUCAUCCCUGUUUGCUGCUGGGGCCAACAUCGCACUCCUCUUCCCUAACUGGGACGUGACCUAUCUGACGAGGGGCCUCAUUGGCAAGCACGCCGUGCUGGGCUCUGGGCUCUGGGGAGGAGGCCUCAUGGUGCUCCUGGCUGCGACUCUCAUCUCCCUGACGGGCUUCCUCAGUAAGAGCGCACCCUGUCUGCACUUUCUCACUGCUCUGUUGUCAAGUGUCCUGGCUCUGCUUGGGGCCCUGAUUUGCUUUGUCACUUCUGGAGUAGCCUUGAAAGAUGGUCCCUUUUGUAUGUUUGAUGUGACAUUCUUCAAUCAGACACAAGCUUGGAAAUUCGGCUAUCCCUUCAAAGACCUGCCCAACAGGAAUUAUUUGUAUGAGCGCGCACUCUGGACCUCCGUCUGCCUGGAGCCCUCUAAGGCUGUUGUUUGGCAUGUGGCCUUCUUCUCCACCCUCCUGUGCAUCAGCCUCCUCCAGCUUCUCCUGGUGGCUAUCCAAGUCAUCAAUAGCAUCCUCGGCCUGUUCUGCAGCUUCUGGGACAAGUGCUAG